AUUCUCAAUUAUCCCACUUACGGUAUUCCAAACAAUAAAGGCAUCCCUAAAGGGAUCCGGCCAGAACGGAUCGAGCUAUGGGAUGUUGUAAAAUGGACUUCCUCCCCAGACCAUGAAAAUAUCACAAGCCCGAGCACCGGCAAUGCUAAGAAUGGAUAAUAGGAAUGCAGAUAGUACCCACUUACCAUAACACCCCAGCCCAUCAGGAUUGCCGCAACAGCUCUACCUCCUUGGUAUGUACUAAAGGUGCUGAUACCCGAUAGAAGAUCGAUGAACAGUUAACUUAGCUUAACCCACGAAAUAAUCCUUGCCUUGCAUCCCCGAGUUCUUACACUAUAAGCGGGUACGGGCGGGUUUUCCGCGGAUGAACUAGUUAAUAUACUCCCAGUAUAUAUGUAUUCAAUCCCCGUUCAAUUCCGGGUGGAUAAAGAACUGCGGGUGCCCACAACUUUCACCUCUGCUACAGAGGAAGCUUUUCAUUUUACUUUGCUCCACUCGGCUUACUCAUAAUAGAUACUGGUCCAGACUCCGCGCCGCUGCAAUUAUGGCCUCAAACACCAGUUCGACAUCCUCAGCCCCGCCGAGGUACAGCGAGGUAGUAUGUGUGGGAGCAGGCCUGUCUGCUAUAUCCCUUGGAGCGCAAUUGCAGAUUCAAUACAACUUAACCGACUUUCACAUCUACGAGAAGAACGAGGGGAUAGGAGGGACCUGGUGGGCUAAUACAUACCCAGGCAUUUCCCAAUUGUCACAUCAGAAUAAAGAGCAUAGCUAACAGUCCAGGAAGGUGCCGCCUGCGACGUCCCAAGCGCACUGUACUGUCUCUCCUUCGCACCAAACCCAGACUGGACCUGCUCGCUACCGCCCCAAGGUGAAAUAAAAGAGUACAUUGACAGCGUCGCGUCAAAAUACGGAAUACCCCAGCGAACCAGUUUGUCCACGGCCGUGACAAGAGCCCAAUGGGAUGAAGGCCACGGCCGCUGGCGCCUCUCGCUGCGGGACCUGAAAACAGGCGAGGCGUAUUUCCACGAAUGCAAGAUCCUGUUCACGGGGCAGGGGUUGCUGGAGGAGCCCAACUACCCAAAGAUCCCCGGUCUCGAGACUUUCGAAGGACACAUAUUCCACUCCGCCCGCUGGGACCACACCGUAGACCUGAAAGGCAAGCGAGUGGCUGUUAUUGGGGGCGGGUGCUCGGCCACACAAAUAGUAGCCGCCAUUGCUCCAGAAGUCGAGGUUGUCAAGCAAUUUAUCAGAACUCCGCAUUGGAUUCUAAACCUACCGGUGCUCAAGUACACCGCAUUUAACAGGUGGAUCUACAGGAAUGUGCCGUUGGCAUAUAAAUUUCAUAGGCUUCUAGUGUUUGCUCUGCUAGAGUGGGAUUUCCGCCUUUUUCCACAGUCCCGGUUCGCACAGGGGCAGCGUGAUCGUGCGCGUGAAUAUGCGAUAAAGUGCAUGCAUGAGAAGGCGCCCGAGAAAUAUCACGAGCUUUUACUCCCGGAUUACGAGGUUGCUUGCAAGGUAUCUACUGGCUCCGCUGCUCUCCCAACUCUUGUCCAAAGCGGAGGGUUACUCAUGGUUACCAUAGCGACGUGUUAUAGAUUCUGGCUACUUGGCCUCCCUCAAUCGGCAAAACGUGCAAGUCCACAAAGAGAGGGCCAUCGAGAUCGCCCCACACGGCAUCAAAGCCAGUGAUGGAAUCCACGAUGUAGAUGUGAUAGUCCUAGCAACGGGCUUUCAAACGUCGGGGAAGUUCUUCAAAGGCAUGGAAGUCCUCGGCCGAAACGGUGUCUCGGCGGACAAGCAUUGGGAUGGGAUCGGGGGGGUCGGUGCAUACAAUACCACAGCCAUGCACGACUUUCCAAACUUUUUCAUGUUGUUGGGGCCGAAUAGCGUCACCGGGCAUUCUUCAGCCAUUAUGGCGAUUGAGAAGUAUUACCUACUGUUUGUUUGCUUGCGGAGGGGGGGGGGCGCAGGACUAACGAGAUUAAUAUUGUAGUGUGGUAGACUACGCCCUCAGGGUACUAAAGCCCGUACUUAGAGGCGAUGCAUCACGCGUAGAAGUGAAGGAGAGGUCGGAGAAGGAAUACAUAAACUGGAUUCAAGCGGCUCUCCGUGAGACCGUGUGGAACACCGGCUGUGCAUCUGUAACCACUCACUUUCCUCUGGUAUCGACUAAGACUAACCAGGCGUAAAAGUGGUACACUUCAAACGGUUGGAACGCGCAGGCAUAUCCGUUUUCACAAUUACACUUCUACUACCGGUCACUCUUUGUAAUAGCCAAGGAUUGGGACGUUACCGUAACCCCCCCUCUUCCUCCUGACAUCCCGCAACACAUCAAUUGACGAAAGCAUAGCAUACCAAAAGGGCCCCCCAAUUGCGGAAGCCCCUGGCCACCAGUUUCCUUGUCGGGGUCUGCAUUGGGGUGCUAACUGCACACUUCAUCCAGGUCUGGGCUCCCGUGCUGGAUAAGUACAUACUCUGGCAGGGCAUCUCAUCCUCGUGGGGGAUUUGGCUAGAGGAGGUUACGGCGCAUUUGAAGGGCAUGACUACAUAGGAUUUUGUUCCCCGCCUACGGCCGGGGUUUAAUACUGCGGGGGUGAGGGGCGAAGAGCCGCGGCUCGAACGUAGGGGUUACCCCAAAGGUUUUUGCUUUCCCUCCUGGAUCUAGCUUUGGUAGUAGAAACGUCUUUUGCUUCUUCGAUUUCGGUCGCUUUUUUUACUCCGUUCUUUUUUUUCUUGAUGGGCUUAAUCGGCGGUUAGUCUACUUCCUACCGUACAGUUAUUGUACAGUAUUAUACUAGUACCGCGAGAUAAGGCGACGACAAAUAAAGUUAGACGACUG